CUGCUAAGGUGGAUUUGAACUAGGGUCCCUGACCAUUGCUAGGUCUCUGGAUUAAAAGUUCAGUGAUAAUACUAUUAGGCCAUCACUUCCUCAAUUUCAGAUUGUUGUGACAAGUGGAUCAUGCACAUUGUUAAGCAAAGCAACUAUAUUGAACUACAAAAUAACCAAAGCACUUAUUUCAAUUUUUUUUAAAAAAGGACGACAUAGACAGCCUGAGCCCAGUUCUCAGGGACAACCCUCCACUUCAUGAAGAGGUGAAAGCCUGGGUUAAAGAACAAAAAGUUCAGGAGAUUUUUAUGCAAGGUCCCUAUUCAUUGAACGGCUAUAGAGUACGAGUGUACAGGCAAGAUUCUGCCACCCAGUGGUUCACUGGUAUCAUUACUUACCACGAUCUUUUAAGUCGCACUAUGAUCGUUAUGAAUGACCAGGUGCUAGAACCACAGAAUGUUGAUCCAUCUAUGGUACAAAUGACUUUUUUGGAUGAUGUUGUUCAUUCUCUGCUGAAAGGUGAAAACAUAGGCAUUACAUCAAGGCGAAGAUCUCGUUCCAGUCAGAAUAAUCCAGCAAUUCAUGUAAGUAUUAAGAUAAUUCGAAUUGCUAAAGGCUCUUAUGUUUCCAACUUGCAAAGCAUAUUUGUCCGAUGUUUGUCAAUCAGUGCAAGUCUGUACUUAUAUUUAAAUAAAGAAUAAUGGAUAUAUGUCUGAGAAUAAUAAAGGAGUAAUCUGAUUCAUGAGUUAAAAUGCUUUACAAUUGGAGUGAUGAGUAACUGACUUAAACUGAAAUGUGUGUCUGACUUUUAUUGUAUAUGCAGUGACUUAUUGCAUGUUAUUUAGAAAUAUUGCUGUUACGGAAGAAUAAAAUUGAUGUUAAUCAAAAGAGCAUUUUUGGUUUUGAUUCGAAGUAUUGAAAACUCUUCACUGUAGCAUGUUGUUCAUUUAGAUGUGAAGGUUGCACAAUGUAAUUGAUCUGGGGGAAUAAUUUAAUUGGGAGUAAAGAACUUGUCUUUUUUUUUCUCAUUAUCUAUUUGUGCAACUCAGCCAUAUUGAUUUGCUGAAAUUUAGAUCCCUCAGUAACCAACAGGAGAGCAGAGCCUUUUCAAGGACUGCAAUUUUAAUAACAAGCAAGCUCGAUUUACGUUUUGCUGCUCUCCUAGUUGAAUUUUGAAUCUUGUUGAUAUUGUUUUUGAACCUUUGCUUAAUU